GUCCUUAGAUGCAGGUCAACUAUUAAUACAACAUUUACAAAACAACGUUCGCUGUAUAGACAAGUAUCAAGGUUUGGUUUUAUCGGUUGGCACAAAAGACAACGUACAGUAAGUAAUGAGUCAACGUGUGCGUGUAUAGAAACAUAUUCGUUGCUCAACCAUGCCGGCUGAAAAUGCCGAUGUGUAAAUAGUACUAACUAAUAAAUUUUGACUUCAAGAAUCAAGGUUAUAUAUUAAUUAUUUUUAGCAUUGCCUUUUGUCUUACUUGUUAAGCCUAGAGAUAAAUUAGACAAGAGAUAAUCGACAUUCGCACCAUUAUAGAAGCUAAGAACACUCUUAAAUAUACAACAUGCAACAUUCAAACAGACUCAUGUUAUUAUGUGGCAUUUAAUGAUUUACAAUUUUCACAUGAGAUUUUAAAACUGUAAAGGAAACGUAGGUUGUUUAUACAGUUGUAUAUCACUGAUUUAUACUUAUUAUUAACAUUAAAACGGCGGCCAUCUUUGAUGAAACAUGAGAUUUUUUCGUUGGAAUUGCAUGGUGCCACGUACUAUACAAACUUGAGACUUCUUUUAUUGUUUAUUUUGAUCUCCAGCCGAAUAUGAAGAACACGAAAUUAAAAUUAACAACUAGGGUAUCUGCAAGGUAGGGAUUGCUGCAGGCAUUACGAGCAAUUGGACCAUGAUCACAUACACUCAACCAAUCAAAACUCAGUGUUUCGGUGGUCUAUAUCCCAUAAACUGUCUCGACAGUGGUCUAUAUGACUCAUUAGUUUGCUCUACAGUGCAUAUGUAUAAAAAACAACUGAACCCUUUCAAAUUCAAAUUAGCUAUAACGUAUUGUAAUUUGACAGCUCUAAUUGCUUUGAAUUAAUGUUGGGUAAGAACACAAGGUCUUGUACUCAUGGGACAAAACUCAAAGAAAUAAAAAUUAGAAAAUUUAAAAGAAAUUCUGUAUUUCUUUUAAAUUUUCUAAUUUUUAUUUCUGCUGGAAAUUGAUUCCACAAGCCCUUUUCUUGAAGAAAUGCGAGAAUUUCGCAGCGAAAUGAAUGAACGAAAGCGCGGUAAGCAUACAUUAAGCUUCGCCUUAAAACUUCGUGUCGCCAGUGACAACCAACGUGUUACAGUAUCAAGCAUUCAGAUUCAGAGUAAAGAGCUUCGAAAAGGCCGGGUGUUCUCAUUUUUACAAAACGAAUCAAUUAAAGUUUCUUGUAUACCUUUUUCAAUAUUGUCCUAGCACAUCGUAAAUAAAUUUCAUACUUCUUCCAAAAUACACGUACACCAUCAUAAGGCCCGUUAAGUAUACAAUUGCAAUUCUUGAUACGAUUUCUAUUGCGAUUUUCUUUGUCCGAUGUAUGUGAACGAAUAGAUAUGAAUUUGAAUAGAUGUACCCUCACCUAAACAUUCAUAAAUCUUUCACUCGUUCCCAUCAGAAGAAGAAAACCGUAUCGAAAAUGGCAGGAAAAAUUGCAAAUGGACCUUCAGGAGGAGAUCGGAAAUCCACACUGAUCUGAAUUUAAUCAGCCGAUUUUUAAGCAAAAUAUUUAUGAGAUGAGAUUGUCAAAAUCUCUGCAAAUCGGAUCGCGACGUGUUCAAGCAUAAGUCAAUGUUUUUCACAAUGUAACUGGAAAAAUAUAGCUUCCACAUCUCUUCUAAUACGUUUUAGAACGUUUCAAACAGGAGACAACGAGACUUGUGGCAUCCAUCUUAUGUGUGACCUCAUUAGUUAUUCAUGGGCAAAUUUAAGAGAAAAGAAAGGCCACUGUUGAUGUUUAUAGUCCUUUCCCAUUGAUAAACAGAAACUAUUAGAACCUCAUUUAACAUGUCACCAACACAUGUUGGUGUAAUCAUCACAAAUCUACUGUGCCGCCAUUAGCUUCCUUCAUACAUAGCGGAUGAACUGUCCAGUUUUCAAAUCAGUGGAAAUCUCUGAGAAACGCUGUGGUGUUUGGCUCUCCUCAAAUGCGACUCAUAGGCGUAGGAAGCAACUUCGACAGUUGGAGGGGUACGAUUAGAAAAGAGCACUUUUCUCAUUGGCUUGGGAAAAGAGCACACUGAAGAAAACUUGGGGGACACGUGUCCUCUAUGUUCCCAUUGUUCCUAUGCGAUUGAGGUGAAAUUAUAAUCGCAGGACUGCAUGCAUAUUUCAACAAUUUAGCACGAGACACAAAGCUGAAAGGCACAGGGCUAACCACGUGUUGUAUUUUCCUUCUAGAUCUGCAACAACUGAUCGCAAUGGACCUUAUAAAGAAGAUGUUGUCCAUACCACUUGAACGACCGCUGACCAAUACUCAACGCUUCACAUUUGUAUCCGCUACAAUAGCGUACAUUAUAGCAGGACUGGGUAUGACCUUUACCCCUGGUCUUUGGAAUAUGGCUGUACUUCUGGAUGUCGCUGCUGGUGGCAGAGGAUAUUUCAUUCUUGCUGGAGCUGGUUUGGUUGAUAUUGGCUUAUGUUACGUGGUUUUAUCCAGAAAUAAAUCCAGUCAAAUACCAAACCACGGACCUUUGCUUGGAACUGUUGUUAGUCGACUGUUGAUUAUCAAUGCGAUUCUAAUAACAUUUUAUACCCAAGGAAUAAUUAACGCACGUUUUGGUCUAAUGUUUAGUAUACUUGACAGCACACUUUCAAUUCAAACCUAUAUCAUCUGGUCACGAGAAAAUAAAGAUGCAUCCUUUAUGAAAUUUCUCCAAGAAAUCUGGUCAACAGUAAAUCCCUUUUCCGCAAAACCACCACCCUACAUGAUUUUCCAGGCUCUCGGCUUUGCUCAGUUUUUCAUGAGUUUUACUGCGACAUCAAUCUUAAUGUCCAGCGGUGUUGUUCCAAGUACUAUCCAAGGAAGUCAUACAGAGGGACUGUUGCGAUCCUAUUUCGUAACAAUGGCAGUUCAUGCUGUCUUACAAAUUCUUGCCUCGGGCGCUCGAAAUGAUUCCUUUCCAAUUGCCUCCGUGUUUUACCGUGUGAUAUGGAACAUUCCAGUUUUCUUCCUGCUGGCGAUGACGUCUCAAAUACCCAGAGGAUUGGCCAACAUUCUCAUUAUUUAUGACGUUAUGUUUAUAGUUGUUACUGUCGUGCUCUUUGCAAGAGAACAUCGUGUUAAAAUGAAAUGAACAUAUUCAAUAUGAUUGACCUUAUGUAUUAUUAGCGCAAUGACAACAGCUGAU